AACUUAUUAAAUAGAUCGAGGUAUGUCUUCUGCAGGCAAAAGAGUGAUAGUGGUGACUGGGUCGUAUAAGGGCAUUGGGUUUGAGGUUGUGCGUCUGCUGUGUGAGCACUAUGGGGACAGAGCCACAGUGUACAUGACAGCCAGAGAUGCCACCAGAGCACAGCCAUACAUGGAACAGUUGAAGGCGAAGGGACUCAAUCCAGCAUUCGCCGAGUUAGACAUCACCUCCAAAGACAGUGUGAUGGCCUUGAAAGCUCUGAUAGAGCGUGAACACAAUGCUACACUGCAUUCUCUCAUCAAUAAUGCAGGCAUGGCUUACAAACAAGCGGCCACUGAACCCUUCUCACAACAAGCGCAGGAUACAGUGCAUAACAACUACUUUGGGCAUUUGAACAUAUCCGAUGCGCUGCUCCCAUUGGUUCCCUCGGGUGGCGUGGUAGUCAACGUGGCCAGUGGUGCAGGUCAGCUCUCACAAGUCUCCCCACAAUAUCAGAAACAACUAUCUGAAGCUGAUAAUAUAGACACGGUAACCGAAGUGAUGAACAAAUUCGUCGCAGCAGCUCAGAAGGGUGAACAAAAACAAGCUGGAUUCUCCAAUUCAGCAUAUGGAAUGUCCAAAUUAGGAAUGAUUGCCGCGGGAAGAGUUCAUGCGAAACAACUGGCUGGUCGGAAUGUUGCAGUGUUGAACAUGUGCCCUGGCUGGUGUAAGAGUGACAUGGCUGGGUGGGAGAGACCCCCCAAAACUGCAGCAGAUGGGGCAGACACUGUUGUGUGGCUGGAGACUAUGACUCACGAGCAGCAGAUGAAGGGGUCAGGAAAGUUCUUCCGUGAGAGGAGCGAAUCAACGUGGUAGAUUUGCCCUACUGAAUGAAAAUUAUUUAGUCAGACGCUUAACAUUUUCUAUUUUAUUGUGAAUAUUAUAAAUAAAAAAUAAUAAAUUUUUAAACCAAA